AUGUCAUCUAACUACUCGGCCAACCAGUAUGAAAAUACCUUCAAGUCACAUAAACUCCAGAACUGGACGGUGCCUAGACACUUCAAAGAGAGACCAGAAGCAGCAGAGGGUCACACUGUGUUUAUAGCAACAGACCAUGGCCACCUUCUUCCUGGAAAAAAAUCAAAGUAUGGAACUGCAUGGCCAUCUUUUAAGGGCACAUGGGACUUGCCAGCCCGCAUCCUUCCCACUUACAUCAAUCCAACAGUGCGCUCGCUAGACGGCCAGCAGCGCCUCCGGUCUUGGGGGCAGCAGCGGCAGCAGUCCAGACCAAGAACCAGAGAGUCAGAGGCAGAGCUGGAAGUUCAGGGAGAUGCCAAUGAGCAAAAUAGCAUCUCUGACCAACCCACUGAAGAACAUCCAAUGCCUGCAACCACACCUUCCCAAAAUAUACAAGAACCAGCCAAAGAGGGGCCAGAGUCUCAGAACAGCCACACAGACUCACGGCCAGUAUCCGAACACAGUCAAGCCCAGUCAAGACCUGCAUCUCAACACAGUCGAGCCCAGUCAAGACCUGCAUCUCAACACAGUCAAGCCCAGUCGAGACCUGCAUCUCAACACAGUCGAGCACAGUCAAGAUCUGCAUCUCAAGCCCAGUUGAGACCUGCAUCUCAGCACAGUCAAGGCCAGGAAAGAGCAGUAUCUCAGCACAGUCAGGCACCAUCCCAUCCCAGCCCUGCCCCAGAGAAACUAGAAUCCUAG